AUGAACAACAAGAAGUUUUCCUUCAUGCUGGGCAUCUUCACUCUCCUCAACACCAUCCAGUUGCUCAUCUUUGAGGUGAACCAGGUUGCAUUCAUUGGCUCCAAGGACAAGUUCAGCAUCUACAAGGAGACAAGUUCUAAUCUGGUCUCUUGGGCCACGAGCCACAAGAAGAACAUCAGCAUCUGCCUGUCCACCAUCACCAUCGUGGUCAGCUCCUUGCUCCUCUACUGCAUCCACACGAGCAACUACAAGGGGCUGAUUGUCUACACUGUGUGGAUCAUCACCUAUGAGCUCACCAGCUUCUCCAUGGUCCUCAUCACCAACUGGACCAUCAAAGAGCAGUUCAUUGAGCUGAGGUACCUGCACUGGCUCUUCCAAAUCUCCCGGAUGCUCCUGCACUUGUUCUGUCUGCCCUUUGUCACCAAGCACGCAUAUGCCCUUUACAAGGACCCCAAGAUUUUAAGCAAGUUAGGCUGGCACAGACACUCCUCCAUCAGUACAGUUGACUCAUGGCCACCUGUCGGGCUGAGGUCCUUGUACCGCAAGUUAAACUGA